UAAACAAACUUAAAACGAUGCACACGGUGAAGAACAAUCUAUCAGAUGGAAAUUUCAAAAUUUCUUAAAAGAACUCUGAAAAGAAGUCAAUUGUGCACACGGCCCUAUAGUAAUAUCGAAGGGCAGUAUAUAAACUGGUCAACGCCAUUGUGGAGCUAUCAAUCACAGUUUGAAAAUCAAACAGAGUUUUAAUAAAAGUUUUUAUUUUAUCGUAAAUUUGAAGACAAAACUUAGUCAAAAUGCCUUGCAAAGGAUGUGGUAAUGACUGCAAAUGCACUGCCCAAAAAUGCGGUGACAAUUGUGCCUGCGACCAAAACUGCCAUUGCCCAUGCAAAACUGGCUCCAAGGAUGAUUGCUGCAAGAAGUAA